AUGACAGCAAAGUCGAUGAAGAGCAUAAUAUCUUUUCCUAUGUCGGCGUCCAAAACGGGGAAAAUGAAGUUGACGGCAUCUCCAGAUAAUCUGGCAUCUAUGAUGUCCAGAGAUCAAAACAAGCUUAUUCACUUAGACCCAGUUCCCUCUUUCAGAGACAGGCACGAAAUCAAACCAUGGCUACAGAAAAUAUUCUAUCCUCAGGGAAUAGACAUAGUCAUUGAAAGAUCAGAUACGGGCAAAGUCACUUUUAAGUGCAGAUCUGUACGAUCGAGCGUGGGGUCAAAUCUCAAACUCAAAAGAACGUCUUCAAGAUCGCAUGCAUGCCCAUUUAGAAUUAGGGCAGCCUAUUCUGUACGGUUACAGAAGUGGAACGUAGUUGUCAUGAACAACAUACAUGCGCAUGAGCUAAGGUUCGAUUUGAUCACUAAAACAGAUGACUAUAAAAAAUUCAAGGAAAAUCUUCGUCAGAAGAAUGACGUAAAGGCUAUCAAAACAUUCGGAGAAUUGGAAUAUAAGACAAGUCUGAACUUACCACUUGCAACCCCAAUCAUCUCCUGCGACUGUGGUCUAACCAAGGAAAUUGAAGCUUUCAAUAACAUUUUCCUUCCGCUAUCAAAUCCCCCUUUAACGUCUAAAAAAAGUUUUCUCAAAAUCAAUAAAAAUUCCGUCUCUAAAAUAAGAUCUAAGCAGACGGAGAGCUCGAAAUCAACUUUAAAAACGAAUUUGAAUAUAAAUCAACGUACAACAGGAUUUUUUGAUAACUUCAAAGCUCAGAGUUCAUGUGUAUCGAGGGUAAACGAAGAGUCACUGAUGAAUUUAAACGAAAUUGACUUCACCGAUAUGUUUAGUAACGAUAAUGCUACUUCAAACCCAGAUCAAGGUCUGAUGGAGCUUUUAGUAGAUCCGAGGGCAGAAUCUUCAUCCACUUCGAUAUUUCCCUCAAUUGCCGCAGAAAUCUUCCCACAAAACAAUAUGGAGUUAGCUAUCUCAGAAUCCAAAGCGUCUUCCUCCUCAAAUUUCAUGGAAACACAUGUUCCUUACGAGGACGAGGUCAUUAAACUUUUCAAGGACAACAAAAGUAAUGCACCAACCUCUGCCACAGAUAUCACUACAAGUCUAGGUAAGGACACGAAGGAUAACUUUGGUAUGUUAAACUACAACUACGAAGCCUUGCUUCAUUUUAAUGAUGACGAAUUUAGUGAGCUGAGUUCUAUUGAUCCGGCUCUAAUAUCAAAGUGA